CACCGGCCCUCCAGACUCUCGGAUCGGUACAUUUCGUUCAGAAACAUAUGUCUGGAUGCGUCAGGAUUGUGCUGUUUUAAGUUGCAAAGUUUUGAUUUUUUUUUUCAAAAAUGAUAUUUGUACAUGAUGUGUAGGGAGUCAUGAGUUAUAGGGAUGCUGCAGAGAUGGCUGCUGUGGAGGCCAUGCAGGAAGCUUCUGCUGCAGAGAUUGUGCUCAGAUGUCUCAGUGCCUUCGCGGAUUUGGCCGCCACCGCCGGCAAGCAGUCGCCGCAGCAGACCGUCGACGAGUUCCUGGCGCUCCAAGCCGCGAUCGCCCGCUCCACCGCCGCCCUCGGCAACCAGCAACGGAGUGGCCACGCCGGCGAGUGGAUGCACGCGGCGGUCACCGCCGACCUGGCGCCUUUCUCCCUCUACACCGCCCCCUCGUCGUCCAGGAAGCGCGGCACCGAGUCGCCUGCCGUCUCCGCCUCGCCGAGGACGGUGGCCGCCGCGGAGGAGGCCGCCACCUGGCUGGAGACCGCGGCGAGGGAGCUCGGGGAGGAGAUGUGCGCGUGGUUCGUCGGGCACGUGGACCGGCUGCUCGAAGCCGACGUGGCCGGGACGCUGGGGCAGCUCAAGAGGGUCAACGACUGGCUGGACGACGUCGGGCCGCGGACGGACGCCGUCGAGCGGCUGAAGCAGAAGAUCUUCGGGUACCUGCUGGAUCACGUCGAGUCGGCGGUGGUCGCGUUAAACGGCGGCGUUGCUACCAACCGAAGAAUAUGCUGUGCCGGAGCAAAGCUAAAAUGUACGCAAAUGAUAAUGCCACACAUAUGGUAUUAAGUAACACGGCCCUAACGUUUUUAGGCCCUCAACUAUGUUAUCGGUGCCAU